CACCUGCACAGGUAUGGCGGACCUCAGUGCGACCUGGGAGCGAGAGUUGUUGGAACAAUUCUCCGGCCUGACCGCUGCCACAGACGAAGAGACUGCGGCUGAAGUUUCUACGGAAAAUAGCGACAAUAAUACGGGUUUAUUACAUUUAAGCGACGAAGUUCUGCUUGUAAUAUUGAGAAAUUUGGAGCCCAUGUCCCUGCUCAGGCUCGGCAGCACUUGCAGUAUAUUGUUCCGAAUUUGUUCCUGCAACUCUCUGUGGACCCGACACUUCCAGGACUCGUUUGGGGUCAGUCUGUCAUAUGCUCACGCCAGGUGUCCCUUAUCCGCCAAAAUCGCCUUCCGCUUGGUUUUCAUGUGGAGAUCUCUCUUCAGAAACGUCCACUGUAACCGCGCGCUUCAGGAGAAACUCUUCAUAGAGAUUCCGCUCGCGCCUCACCGAUACUGGAUCCAGUGGCUCGUUCUGGAGGAGAGCGUUCCCCUGCCAUCGGUAACACUUCCUUGCGUCGAUGUGGAGAAACUGUGGGGCAUCAACAAAGAUCUCUUCCUGGACAAACUACAAGAGAAAACCGAAGAUUGUGAUAGCCUCAAGUUUGAAUGGAAAGAACUCUAUCAUCUGGCAUUGAAGCAUCAUGGUAGCAUCACGCUGGUGUUUCUGCAUGUUCUCAGCCAACACCAGGAUAAUGACCACACAGAGCUGGAGUCCAUGUACCAUCAGUACGUCCAAUGCAGGUUCCAGUGGCUCUUCACUUACUGGCUGUUUCGUCAGCCAGCGCCGUACAACAAGCAGCUGCGAUCCAUUUUCCUCCAGUGGAAGAAACACAGCAAGAGUAAGGUGGCUACCUGGGGAGAGACUCUUUGUGAUGUGAGAUAUCUGGCAUCUCUCCAUCCCAUCACCAGCGACUACUGGAGAGGCAGAUUGGCCGGCGGAGACGAGAGUUUGGGGAUUCAGACUGUUGAAAACUACUUCUCCAUGUGCAAGUCGCUCGUGGCUUGGAUCUUGGGUCGUGACUGGGGCCGACUGAAACGAAGGAAGGUUUAUGAAGACACGCUGGAGGGUGUUUAUCUUUUGCUGAGACGAGAGAUGCAGGAGAAACUCGUCGACCGCGAACGCUUCUGGCAGGUGGCCAAAAUCCAGAUGACCCGCGUCUGCACACUGGAGGAGACGGCCGUGAAUUACGUCAACUGGAAAAUGAUUGAGACUCUCCCUUAUUACAAACUGUAUCUGGUGUCAGGAAAUGCCGUCUAUCUGGAUCACGUGCAAGGUUUCUUGCGGAGAAAGCGGCUUAUUCGUGACUGGAUUUACCUGGAUGAGAAUACCUGGGCCAGACAGAUACUACCUGACCAACUCUACACGCUGCUGGAGUUUGACACAAAGAUCUCUCAAGAGAGUUUACACGGGGAUUCGUUGACAGCCCAGCUGAGUCGACUCAUGUGGCUGUACCUGAACUCGGGUCAGGAGAUUUAUCUGCAGGCGGUGAAGGGAAUGGUUUUACAAUGUGCUCAGGCCAGUUUAAGCCAUCUCGGCACACUGGUGGCCUGUGAACUGCCUGUGGCUUAGGACUGUUACGCACACCAAAUCUGUUUUUAUUGACUUUUUAUAAGCGGACUCAAUGAGUUUGUUUUUAAUUCUCUUUGUUAGGUGUUUUUACAGGAUUUUAAAUGCUUUUUUACUUUUUUGUAUUUUUUCCACUCUGAAGGUUUUAGCCUUUAUUAAUCUUUGUAAUCGUGUGCUAUUUAAGCACAAUAAUGAAGAGACGCUUUAAUCUUGCUGUUAUGAAAUAUAUGUCAGUUUUAGUUCAAAUGAUCACGAGUCUCAGUCAUGAGUUGUUUUUAUUGUCACUGUACUCGAGCUAUUCUGUAAAUCAUGGUCAAUUGCAAGGUUGCAGGCUUGCUAUUAAAGCACCUUCAUACUUCA